AUGGAUGCUGCAGACGAGUACAUGGGCGAUGCUGACCUCGGUAACCGGUCACAUUUGCCACAGCCAUCUAGCGGUAACCGACGCCAGGGCCAGCGGACGCUCGCUACCGUAUACGACGCCGUCGCAGUUAACUGUAUGCAAGGAAGGGUCACAUAUGACAGAGUGCUGCGAGAUGAGGCCCAGGGCGACAGGAUUGUCCAGCCCAGGGUCGUCGACCAGCGAGAUAGCUAUAAGCUCGCCCCAGACGACGUCUUGUUUCGCCGCAAAGACGCACCAGAGCGGUAUGCAGAGCACGACAUCUACCGCGCGCAUGAGUGGGACCUGCCCAACGGCGGACGCGGCAUUCUCCCUCAGAGUGAUCUCCUAAAGGCCAUUCACGAGUACUCAUCCGAGUAUUACGGGGCUCUGAACCGCCAUCAGGGAGCCUCGGAAAGUGGGCGCAACUUGGAUGAGGGCAGCAUGGAUGAGACGGCACUGUUGGCCUUUGGCAUUCUCUUGGAGGAGGCGGGGCGCGAAGUUCUCGGUCGACGGGGUCAUCUCGUCUUCACUGAAGCCACCCAUGACGGUAAUGACGACAACGGCGUGGGCCAGGACUGGCCUGAAGGCAGUACGGCACAGGAAUCCGGUGGCGAGUCCGUGGUUGGGCACAGUGAAGCUGAACCCUCUCAGGCGGCACGGAAGCGAAGAAAACUUACGACAUCAGAUGACGAGUGA